UCGUUGAAUCGUAGAUCGUGGACCGUAGAUCCCGCGAUGGCGGACGCGUCGCGUACGAAAUCGCGUCCCGCAACCGGUAAAUUGCCCUCGACGACGGGGGUUCCGUUGCCACGCGGAAAGGAAAACGUGCGUCCUUCCGCGGCUGCCAGCAAUAAAAAAGUUUCGUUUACAAAAGAAUCCAUUUGCCGAAGGCAUGUCGAUCAGGCUAGCAGUCAGGUGGACCACGCGUUCCCCAAUAGCCUCGCUGUCAAAAAGGUACCCUUUCAAGUCCAUUGCGACGAGAGAAACGUCCCGAGCGAACGCAAGCCUCGAGAAGAAUCGCGUCUACGAAUCCAGUCAACGAACGGUCCUGGAUUGCGAGUAAUCGACGAUGUCUUGAACGAAGCGACGAGAGAACGGUCGAUCAUCGGUCGCGGGACGAUCGAGAAAUCCCGCUUUGAUAAGAAGCCGUUGCCCUCCAAGAUACCCCGUCGCUCGAGGUCGUGUUCCGUUUCAACAGACCGAAACCUCUCCAAACGAUCGACGGAAAUUGAGAAAAAAGUUAGUCGUUUGAUCAAGGAGAAAGAGAGAGGCAGAGCGGCCUGCACGAUGGUGUCAUCGAUACCAGUCGAGUCAGCAAUCCAGGAGGACGGACGUACGGCGAACAAGACUUACAAUAUCGAUGCUGUUGAAAUUCCGAGAUGUCCCAAAAAACGAGAUUCUCUACCGGUCGAGUUGCUCUAUCACACAGAGUAUCACGAGGAUCUGCCGAACGUCGAACAUCAGAGAGAGAAGCGAUCCAUUCGAUUGUCCGCAAACUUCUUACAAAGGCGCGUAAACGUGGAACAAAGGAGGCUGGUGGUUAUCUUUAUGAUACACGUUGGGAAGCAUUGCCGGUAUCCGUCGUUCAUCGUGUAUCAAGCAGUGAAGCUAUUCGACGUGGUGCUGGAUAAAAUCCCGUUGGACACGGAGUUCCUACAACUAGGGGCAUUGGCCAGCUUGUGGAUCGCGUUGAAGAAGCAAGAAAAUUAUCACAAAAUACCAACGGCUUCGGCGAUGGUGGCCCUGGCUAAAGAAUUGUACAUCAGUCGAGAAGAUUUGCUGAUCGCCUACGAGAGAGAGAUCCUGAUGUCUUUGAACUUUAACGUGACGUUCGCGGACCCGUUCUCUCUGUUCAACCAUCACCUGAUCAACAGUAAACGUUGCGCCGGCGUUCCAGAAGAGAUUGCCCUGUUUCUUUAUCAUUGCGGCGGCUAUUUGAUCGACGUAACGUUGCUGGACGAACAGUUUUGUCGAAUAAGCGCGAGUCUGAUCGCCGUGACGGCAGCCGAGCUGGCACUCGGUCUCACUUUCGACGCGGUUGUGGAAAACGCUCGUCCGCGCUGGUUAUUUUGGAGAGGUCAGCUGUUCGCCAACGAUCCUUCCUUAUCCGAAAGGUUUCAGGACAAGGAAAUCGAUCAAUGCCGGAUCACGAUGUUGCGACGCGUGUUAAAUUCUGGAUUGAAGCGCAACGGCUUUGAGGUGGUAUAUAAAAAGUACAGUAGCAGUAGAUACGGUCGGAUAGCGGAGCGUUUAAUAGAGCGGGCUGCGAAACUAUCGCUCUCGGAAUCGUUGUUCGACCCGUAACGCGUGGAAAUUCUGCGGCGUCGCGUCGGCCCCCUUUCACGAUCUACACGAAUCGAUAGCGAGGUAAGGAAGAAACGAGAAUAAAGUAAAAAUGCGUGUAUUGUUUGCUCUAUUUGGUACUUUAUUGCAUAAUUACAACUGCGACGUCGCAUCCUUUUUCGUCGUCGAUUUUCCAAACCGUUUGCAACACACCAUUUUAAGCUGGACGAUAGUUUCGUUCGGUCUCCUGCCAAUCGUUCCACUUGUUCCACGACUGAUUCACCGAUACCAGGCCUUUUGCGUCGUUCUGAAAACGAGCGUUGUUAUGACGCGUAAGAGAACGUAUUCGCGAGAUCUGUCGGAUGCUUACCCUGAAUAGCAAGUCAGUCGAACCGGCCCAAGUGCCGAACAGAUGCAACAGAUCCGGUCGUUUCGAGUAAAGCGUGAUGGCGGCUAAGGUACCGUGAGUUAGUUCUUCCCGGGCGUUCACGGUCCUGGCUGCGGAGGUGACGAUCACCCUGGGUGGAUCCAUGCCGAGGUUGCAAUGUUGCCACUCGUUGAUGGGGCUGAGACCGCCGUCGGGGCAGAGCAAUUUCAAGUCCUCGGUUAACGUUUUGUUUUCUUCCU